AUGGCAACCUUUACGCCCAAAAUAAUCGACACUGGCUGGGGUCAACCUACCCCGGCGACUUCCGCGACAAUCUCAAAGAAAAAGGUCCGAACUCGGCAAACUGGAACCGCAUGGACUCGCUCAGGUUGUUUGACCUGUAAAAAGCGUCGCAAAGGCUGCGAUAAGGCUAAACCGAGUUGCAAUAAUUGUAUCAAGCAAGGUCGUGUUUGUGAAGGUUAUGGAUCCCUCUGGGUAGAACCAUUGGGACCAUCGACACAAACAUUUCACUCCGAUUCUGUGAAAAGCGGACAAAAAACCGAUUAUCCCCCGUCGCAUCUAUUGUCGCCGUCGCUAUCUCCACAAAUUGGCAUAUGGCUGAACGUACAACCGUCCCUCGUCUCUACAUCCCCAAGCGAGUCCGUGCAUUCAUCGUCGCCACAUAAUCUUAGCGACGACAGUACCUUGCCAUACCAAAGCGAAGGUACCGAAACUAUUGAUCCGAACGCUGAGUUGCUACAACAGUCACUAGCUGCCGUCCCCCGCCCACGGAAUUUCAUUCGGCAUUUAUCGAACCACGAGUCACAUUAUAUCCAAUACCAUGUACAACAUGGCUCACGACUUCUCGCCAACCUCGAAAGCGAAGAUAACCCUCUACGGUCACUUCUAAUCCCUCGAGCCAUGUCAUCUCCACUCCUGAUGAAGGCUGUAUGUGCAGUAUCUGCACUUCACCUUGCAAACCGCACACAAACCUAUACCGCUCAAACUGCCUCGGUUAAUUACUACGGCCGGGCACUUAAUGAACUUCGAUCAGUAAUUGUUGGGCCAUCACCGGAAGCACUGUCAGAUGAUACCAUGAUAGCUGUGGGCUUAUUGUGCAAAUAUGAAAUUGUCCGAGGUAGUGUGAAACAAUGGGUCGUGCAUCUCAACGCACUUCAACGCCUAAUUGCCAACCGGGGAGGCUUGCGUUCGAUGGACGAAGACGCUGCAUAUUUCUUAAGAGGACUAUAUCUAUAUGCGUAUAAUAUGGCCCGAAUCAGCAAUCGUAAGCGUAUCACUGCUUUCGAGGCCUGUCCUGCGGAUACGGAGCUCGGAAUGCCCAAAUUGGAUAUUUACAUUGGUUACACCGAGGAAAUACUCAAAAUCUGCUCCCGAAUUGCAGAACUGCCAUCGCUGGAAGGCGAUAUGGCAUCCAUGCGUCUAGCAGUAGCUUCUAUAAACGAAUCUCUGCUCACAUGGUCUCACGCCUCUUGUCCCUACAUAAUUCCAAAGGGACACUCGCCUGAAUCCCUAUCCCGCCUACAGCUGGUUGCGGAAUGCUAUCGAGACGCGGCUUUCGUCUAUCUCCACUCCAUUCUCGAGCGUAUGAGCAUGAAAUUGACCAGCCAUACCGCUGCCGCGGAACAGGAUACUGGAAACAGUUCAUAUUUGAAUGAUCUGACCACUCUUAUAUUCACCCCUAAAGCCACUGCCGUCCAUCGCUGUCUAGCGCGAGUGGAAACCUUUUCCUUGGAUAACCAUGUUGAGUACUCAGCACUGACUUUUCCGCUAUUUAUCGCGGGGGCUGAAAGUAGUGUACUCGAGCACCGCGAUCUGGUUAUGCACUCUUUGGGAAACCUCCAGGUUAAUUUUGGGAUCGGCAAUGUCAAGCGCGCAAAAGAAUUACUGGAACUUUUGUGGGCAAGAAAAGAUGCUAAUCUUUUCAAUGAGAUUGGAAACGCGGACUCAACCUUCAUUGUGCAGAAUGCGCAUUGGCAGGAUAUCUUAGAAGAGUUGCAGUGGGACGUAAUACUUGCCUGA